AUGACACCGGGCUUCCAGGCCCCUCUCUUCCUCCUGCUCCUGGUAUCCCAACAGCUUACAGGGACUAUUGCUGGUAGCACUCACCGUAGCGUAGAACCUCCCACCUCCUCCAAUCGUAGCACUUCUCCCCUGUUGUCUCUUAGGAUCUCCUCCUUCUUCCUGUCCUUUUCCAUUUUGAAUCUCCAGUUUAACUCUUCUCUGGAAGAUCCCAGCACCAAAUACUACCAGGAGCUGCAGAGAAACAUUUCUGAGUUGUUUUUGCAGAUUUAUGAACAGGAAGGUUUUCUGGGCCUCUCUAACAUCAAGUUCAGAGCAGGAUCUGUGCUGGUGGAAUCAAUUCUGGCCUUCCGCAAGGGUGUCACCGACGCCCGCGCCGUGAAGACACGGUUUGAAGAGCACAGAAAGGAGCUAGCCAAAUAUAACCUGUCCGUUUCAGGUGUUAGCGUGCAAGACGGGUCGUUCCUUUCCGCCAGCCAGUCCAGCUCUGGGGUACCUGGCUGGGGCAUCGCCCUGCUGGUUCUGGUCUGUGUCCUGGUUGCACUCUCCAUCCUCUACGUCAUUGCCCUGGCUGUGUGUUGGUGCCGUCGGAAGAACUGUAGGCAGCUGGACCUCUUUCCAACCCGCGACGCCUACCACCCUAUGAGCGAGUACCCCACCUACCAUACCCAUGGGCGCUAUGUGCCGCCAGGCAGCACACACAGCCCCUAUGAGGAGGUCUCUGCAGGCAACGGGGGCAGCGGGUUCUCUUAUGUGAACCCGAACCCAUCAGCCACUUCCGCCAGCUUGUAGGAGCACGUUGCCCGCCGCCACCACCGAGCUUGGGACGCCAGUGCCUCGUGCCUCCCCCAGGCUCCUCACUGCCAGAGUCCUCUCCUCUCAACUCUGUUCAGGGCUGGUGAGCUGGGAGUUCAGGCGGGCUGCUCACAAGUCCCACCAGGUCUCCCAACCGAUGUCAGCCCUGCUGAAGCCCAUCCGAGCCCCUUGGGGACAGGCCUGGGACGGUGGCUCCCAGGAAGCCCGGCCCAGAAAACCCUGAGAUGGAAGUGCAGACCAGACCGGGGCUGAAUAAAGCGGGGCCCUCCUCUGUGCUGACUGCCAA